AUGCUGUUCCCGCCGACAGACGAUCCGAGUCCUUUGCUGGAACUUCUGAAUCCGGAAACUAUCACGCACCAGGGACUACUGCAUGGUGUACUGUCCCUCUCGGCGACCUUACUUCAAGCAGCCGAGGAGAUUCCCAACUCUGCCUGGAAGCUGCGGCAGGCUUACCAUUUCGGCCAAGCUUUGUCGCUGUUGAGACAGGGAAUUGAGCGAGCGGCAAGCCCAGCAAAUGGCGGACUCGAGGUUAAUAAGCUGCUUGUGGUGCAAUCACUUGUCCUGUAUCUACAGGUCAUCUGUGAAGGUCACCGUGAGGGACAAGACCGCUCUCACCUCGGCGGCAUGAAAUGGAUAGUAAGCGGAACAUCCAUCUCGCCUCACAAUGUCACCCUCGAAGUUGAAGUCCGGAUGUUCAUUCUGUACCACAACUACUGCUCUUGCCUCACAUCCCCAUCGACUCCUUUCGACUAUGAUUUUUGGAAACUGAAAAACUCCUUACAAUCAACUCCCGAAUCCUCCAGCGAACGUGACCGAACCACCAGCGACUGCCGGUUCAUGAUGGAUGUCCUCUUCACAUUGCUUCCAAGAAUCAGGACUCUGCGAGACCAAGCCCGUACCCUCCGCGCCUCCGGAAAACCAGAAGAUUACAACACUGAGCUGAUGGUUGAAGCCUACGCCAUCGACACUGCGUUACGGAGCUGGCCGUCGCUAUAUAAUGUCGAAAACACCCAACACCCCAUUUCCAUGCUCUGGCGAGCCUGCAUAUACAUCUACCUCAUCCGUACAAUCCGUCUCUCCUGCCCGUCGGAGCAAUUUUCGCAAGCGGUCGAUACAGCACUGGAAUUCGUCAGCAUUUUCCUAGAAGAUGUCCACGGUUGGUUGCUCUCGCCCUUGUUCCUCAUCGGAUGCGCGGCCUGGGAUGAAGCUCAUCGGGAAAUCAUCGACGAAAUCUUCCAUCGGCUUUCGUCCCGGACUGGUCGCAGUCGUUGCUAG